GCUCAGGCCUUCAUCCGACAAACCCAGAACCCUUCCGCCGUCACCCUGGAUCUGCCCUCUGUGCGCCGCGUUUGAUUCCAGCCUAGUCACGUUUGAUCUUCGAGCGCCGAACCCAACUCCUCCCCUUUUACUUCCGUCGGUUGAUCCCGCUCCUCGCUGGACCGCGCUUCCGCUCGUUCGCCGCCAAUUCCUCCGAGUUCCUGCCCAGGAACCUCUCUCCCUCCGCGACAACCCCAGCAGCCGGUGUCGGGUGUCGGUGUCUUUACAGGUUGAAUGAAGUGUCAUCUUCGCGGACAGCCCAUGAUUUAACGCUUCGUCGUCGAGAAUAGCCGAGAAGAUGGGUUCGUGUAUGAGUUCAGAGUCGUCGGAGUAUUCGGAGCAAAGAAAGAAGAGUCAAGCGAUCGAUCGCAAGCUAGAUGAGGACUCGAGGAAGUUACGGAGAGAAUGCAAGAUCUUGCUACUCGGCUCCGGAGAAAGCGGCAAAUCAACAAUCGUCAAACAAAUGAAAAUCAUCCAUCAAAAUGGUUAUACAGUGGAGGAGUUGGCUUUGUAUCGCUUAACGGUAUACAAGAAUCUAAUGGAUUGCGUCAAGUCGCUCAUCGGAGCCUACCACCAAUUCUCCCUCGAACCGUCAAGUCAAAAGGUCCGCGAUUACAUUCAGUUUCUUUCCGAUUACAACAUCGACCCGGAUCCGAACACGGCAUUGGACCCUAAGGUCGGAGAUGCGAUAACGUAUAUAUGGAGCGACCCGUGUACCUCGGUAGCCCUGGAACAUCAAAAUGAGUUCUAUUUGAUGGACUCCGCUCCAUACUUCUUCGAAGAGGCAAAACGGAUCGCAUCCCCGGACUACAUUCCCAACGUGAACGACGUGCUUCGCGCAAGAACGAAGACAACAGGUAUAUACGAAACCAGGUUUUCUAUGGGUCAACUAAGUAUACAGUAUGUUGAAUUCCUGUCCACGCGACAUCUUGAUGCUUACAAGUUCGGCAGCAUGUUCGACGUGGGUGGCCAGCGCAGCGAGCGAAAGAAGUGGAUUCAUUGUUUCGAAAAUGUUACGUCUAUCAUUUUCUGUGUGGCACUAAGUGAAUAUGACCAAGUAUUACUAGAAGAAAGCAACCAGAAUCGAAUGAUGGAGAGCCUGGUACUUUUUGAUUCCGUCGUUAAUUCUCGAUGGUUUAUGCGAACGAGUAUCAUUCUCUUUUUGAACAAGGUGGAUCUUUUCCGACAAAAGCUUCCUCGUUCACCUCUGAGCACCUACUUCCCGGAUUACUCCGGCGGUAACGAUGUCAAUCGGGCUGCCAAAUACCUUCUGUGGAGGUUCAAUCAGGUAAAUCGGGCACACCUGAAUCUCUACCCUCAUCUGACACAGGCAACCGACACUACGAAUAUCCGACUCGUGUUCGCGGCUGUUAAAGAAACAAUCCUACAGAAUGCUCUGAAAGACUCGGGCAUUCUAUAGAGACGAUUCGGCUCUCUCGACUCGAGGCAUUAUACGCUUUUAGGGCAAGGUUGUCAAAAACCAAACCUGCCACGCUCUGAUCACGGCUUUACGUUCUCUCCUACUAAUCA